UAGAUCCAUUUGACGUACUCAUUUCUCUAUAAUGCUGCAUGCUUGAGCUUCUUGUCACGGGUGAUUGAAAUGGCUGAUCAGUGGACAAGUCUCCUGAUGCCUAGGUUGUGCUCCUUUAUUGAAUCAUGUUGGACAUGCCUGCCUGCUUGAUGUAGUCUAAUUAGAUCCAUUUAUAAGCAAUACCGCAUGCUAUCUGUGUUACAGCCUCAUUGGUAUGCUAGACUGCAUAGCCCAGCUAAUAGAUUACAUGAUUGUUGAUGGUAACUUUCCCCGUGGAAGGUUUGCGGAGGUUGCUGAACUGACCAGCGUAUGCUGGUUGGAGAUUCGUGGCAAGAUCGAAAGUAGAAUGCUUUCUCGGAAAACAGCCUACGCUGCCUAUCUCAUCUAUGAUACCGCCAAUUAUGCAUUUGGUCUCAACCAUCCGUCCCAAGAAGCAUCAGUGAAGGUUGGAGUGCAUUCGUCGACGAAACUGGUUUGUUUGCAGCCUACAGACAUGCUCAGCCGUAGGCAUGCCCAGAGGGCCAGUGCUUUGUGCUAUCGCAAGGAAGCCGAAGAAGUGGAUGGAGACUCAAAGGAAGCCGAAGAAGUGGAUGAAUCCGCAGAGGAAGUCGAAGAAGUGGAUGGAGCCCCCCAAGCAAGGAACGAUGACUGGAUGGAGCUGGAGCUGGGUGAAUUCUACAUCGACGAAGGAGAUGAUGGGGAGGUUAAGAUACGCUUGUUGGAGGUGAAGGGAGGCCACUGGAAGAGGGGUCUGAUCAUAGAGGGAAUUGAAAUACGGCCUAAACAGUAGGUGAAAUCUUCGAGUGAUCAUAAAAAAUUUGUCUAUUUGCUUUCACUUUUGAUGAUCAAGAAGAUAUGUUGGAGGUUAAGUUUGCAACUGUAAGCAUGCUGAUGUAACUGCGUUUCUUGUAUAGGAUUUGUUGCUUGGACAA